UAGCUACUGAACUAUGGUUAAUUUUUUUUUUUGUAAUAUGUCUAGUAGCAGUGUCUGCCAGGAGAGUAGUCAGAGAAUGCUACCGGCUAAUGCAUGACUAUACAGCUGGCUAUUAGAACACAAGCACCUUGUGUUGUACGUAGGACUGGACUAGGUUCUCACUUGUUUGUGUAGAGACAAUGUUCGACCGUUUUCACUUUCUUUUUCACAGGAACAUUUGUAUCUCAGUUGUAAGGUAGUCUAGUGAAGAAACUAUUGAAGUGUUAGUUUUGUUUGGAGGUGGAUUGUAAUGUUUUGUAUUUUAUUUUGACAUGUAUGAUGUGGUUCCUGGUAAUCUAAUUACAUAUGCUGUAUUCACAGAGCUCUUAGCUUCAAGGUGAUCACUGACUCAAUCAAUUAGAACGUGAUCUAAAAUCAUUGUAAAAUGUAACGAGAGAAGCGACGUCUGUCUUCAGAGAUUGGAAAAACUUGAGGCUACCACCUUGCUGUAAACAAAAAUACAAGAAAAUGAAAACAAUGGAAGAUGUAGCUAUAGGCAUUGAAAAUUACUACCUGUAUGUCUUAGCCAGCAUUGGCAUUCCAGCCAAUAUUUUCACCAUCCUCACAAUACUCAGUUUGCAAUCCAUCAGCCCAGCCUCCUUCUUAGUGGUGAUGCUAGCUGCCUCUGACGGCUGCGCCCUCAUCUCAAAAGUAACUAUUUACCACUUGCAACGAUUCUCUAGGAGAGGGGCACUUUGCAAAUUGGAAUUUUUGACAGUGUUCUGCACAAUGAUGGCGAACUGGAUCCUUGUCUAUAUCUGCUUUGAGAGGUUCAUUUCCGUCUGUUUCCCAAUGAAAAGACUGUAUCUCAUCACCAAGAAAAGAACCUACAUCAUUGUUGCCUCGACGGCGGCUUUUCUGUUUGUGGCAACGGCAGCUACGUAUAUAACUGUAUGGGAUAGCCAUUCACUAAAGUGCGGCAUGUAUGUAGAGUAUAUCUGGUACUGGUAUCACAUCUGGGUAAAAUAUUUGGGUCCUUCAUUGGCGGUGUAUUUACCGUUUAUGCUGAUAUUGAUCUUCACAGUGGCCAUUAUACGAGCGCUGAAAAUCGCUUCCAGAGAGUUAAGAAAUUUGUUUAAGAGAAGUCUAAGUAUGAGAAGAAGCCCAGACGACAAGACGUUUUCAUUCAAUGAAAAGAAUAUUGCAGAGUCCGAGAAACUGGAAAGGAUGAUAACUUGGAUGAUGAUUCUCGCCGCCAUUUUUUUCUUAAUUUUCACCCUUCCUGCUUGUGUGUUUUUUAAUUUGCCAGAACCAGGCCCGGAGUCCGACGUGAAGAGCUUUACAAGGUAUAUGCUGUUUGAACAAAUACAGCAUCUCUGUUUGGACUUGACCCACACGCUCAACUUUUUUCUGUACGUGGUAACAGCAAAACGCUUCAGGAAGCAGCUGGUCGAAAUUUUGGUUUGCAAGACAGCUAGAGAAUAUUGGCGUAAAAAGCGCAGCGAAUACGCCGCGAAGGAGAGUCAACAUACUGAUGUCACGCAUGUUGACCCCGAGAAAGAAAAUGAAGUCAUUCUGUGCAUUGCAUGUCACGGACUUUCGGGUGUGGAGGCGAAGCAACCUUUGCAAUAGUGAAUGACACUAACUAAAAGCUAACAUAUGUUGAAGCUUUAAAAUUUUGGUUAAAAAAAUGACUUGACACCGCUCACGUUUAAUCAACAAACUGGAGAAAGAGACUAGUCGUGCCAAAAAAUAAAUAAUAAAGUUUUCUGCCAUGUUUAUCGACCAUUGUGCACAGAAGUAAGGAGUCUACCUGCCUCAACUUGUUGUCCAAACUGGCAGGUUUUUUUUUAUAUUUAUUCAUGCAAAUGUUUGUGGAAUUGAAUCACGCAGUUAUCUCUGGUGCAUAACUAAUAUCUCUCGAGUCAGGAUAGCAGCAUUCAGCACAUAAUUCUGAUUUAUAAUUAGUUAUAUAGCAUGUAUAUGAGAAAGUCUUAGUGGAUGUCCCAGCCACCUUCUCUCAUGGAUAAAUAUAGAGUAAAGGAACAAAAAAGAGUUUCUAUAGAAAAAAAAACUAUCAAGAAACCCGAACAAGACUUUGGCCACAAAUCACACCUCUAGAAAUAAAAGCUAUAUGGAGAGCACCCUGAUUUUGGAAACCACUGCACAGUUCAUUACGUAUACUGGUAUAGUCAUCCGAAUGACCCUUUAUAACCAUGACAACCAGGAAGAAGAAAAUGGACAUGCUUAUCCUCUUUCAAAGUGCAAGUCACAGAUAGGAGUCACCAACGCUCUGACACACAUUGGCUCCCGAUGCAGGGAAAAAAGAGAAAGAUAAUUCUUAUUCUGUUUAGUGUCUCAUACUUGCCAGUACUCGACAUGUGUAGCUAGCUGGAUGUAAACAGAGUUUCAAAUUCAACAUUUUCGUUCAGCGCUUUUGGAAACAGUUUGGCCUCAUUCGCAAGAAACUUGAAACUAAUGAUACACUCUCUGACUUUGACUAUCCCUAAAUACUCGUUUUUCCUACACAGUAUUGUCUUUGAUUCAUAUUUCAAUGAUUCUAAAUGGAACACUUCCUUUUGAUCAAACAGAUAAAUAAAUAACUAACACUUAACGCAGACAGCGACAAAGCUGCUGUUCUUCACGGAUAAAUCAUGUCUGCUUUCACGUCUUUAAAUACGAUUUUUAUAUUUAAAUUGACCGAGCAUUCAUGUGGCAGCAUUUAACAAACUGAAGGGCGGGUUCCACUAGGACAUGGCAACGUCCACACGAGGGUGGCCCGACUUCAAUACAACAAGGCCGAUCAAUUAUGUACAUUUUCAAGAGACACAAAUAUUUUUAUUGCAGUUAUAAAUCGAUAUUUGAAUAUUGAAUGCUAUACUCUUAAACUAGCAAAUUUUCUAUUAUAGAUAUAUCAUGGGCGUAGCCAGGAUUUUUUUUCGGGGAGGGUUUUGGGGGUGUGGAUUUUUCUCCCUCCCCCGCCCCUCCCCCCCCCCCUUGCGAAAUUCUUUUUUAAUAUGUAUUUAUAUGUGUGUGUGUACAUAAUCUUUAUUACAUUCUGACCCUUCAUUCUUUCGGAAGACGUUUACUGGAAAAAAUGUAGAUUCUUUUUUAAUAUGUAUUUAUAUGUGUGUGUGUACAUAAUCUUUAUUACAUUCUGACCCUUCAUUCUUUCGGAAGACGUUUACUGGAAAAAAUGUAGAUUCCCCGCCAUUACUAGCAAGGGGGUCUGGAAGAGCGCCAGGAGCUCCCCCAGCGCGGGGCGGAGCCCCGCCGCCAAGCACUAUUUCUGGUAUUGAAAGCCAACAAAAUGCUUAUUCUGACGUAUCUGCAGUGCAUUUUCCUGCUAUUAAAAAGUUUUAUUUCAAAAACCUAAUGUGCUUUUCUUACUGACCCUCCCGCGCCAUUCGGCGCAUUUGCCGUCAAGCUGUUUCCAUAAAAAUCUGUCACUGGUAAUGUCUGAAGCCUCUUCCCACCUGCUCUGAGGACCUCCAUGAAAGUGUGGCGUCAAAUUGUACUAGUAUGUCAUCGCAACUCUUCUUAUGCGUAAUUCAUUUUGUCGUAGAACAUGUCCCACAUACCUAAUGCGACGCUCUUUCACAAUCUUACUAAGGGGUCGACUCCCAGUUUGGCAUAGUAUUUCCUAGAUUUACAACCGAUCUCUAUACUGACUCCUAAAAUCUGUCUUAGCCAUCUUUGUUGAGCCACAUUUAGUGUUUUUCAAUUUCGGCAGAUGACUAUUCAUUGCACUUUAUUAAUGGAGCCCCGCCACUGGUAGAAAUGUGUAACCUCUCUUGAAUAGGCUCUUAGAAUUAAGUGACUGUAGUUUGCUUUAGAUUUUAUAUCGAAAAGGAAACUUUUAUCGUCAAAAUCAUCUGUUGGGAGUUUUAAACUAACAUCACUGGAGUUAUUGGUUUUUUUUAAUUCAAAACCCCAUUUAGCAACGAUAAUAGAAUUUAGUAACUGUAGUUUGCUUUAGAAUAAUAUUGAAGAUAGAGGUUUUCCACCUCAAAAUGCUCUGUAGGGGGAUCUUAAAGUUAGAACCAUCUGGAGGGUUUUUAAACUUUAAAAAAAAAGUUAUCUGUAGGAGAGGGGUUUGAACUCAAAACCCCUAAUUGGAUUGGCUACGCUCAAAUAAUUUUAGUAUGUAAUUUGCUUUUUUUAUAUUGAAGAGGUAUUUUUUAGCAUCAAACCCCUCUGAAGAAGGGUUUAAACUCAAAACCCCUUUUGGCAACGCUCAUCGAUUUUGAGUGCGUAAUUUGCUUUUUUUCUUACACUGAAGAUAUAUUUUUUUAGCUUCAAACCCGGCUGUCGGGGGAUUAAACUCAAAACCCCUUUCGCUACGCUCAUAGAUUUUAGAGUGAGUAAUUUGCUUUUUUUAUAUAUAUUGAAGAGGUAUUUUUUAGCUUCAAUCUUCACCGGAGGGAAGUUUAAACUGUGAUGUUGCUUGUUCAGGCUGUCUUGAGGUCAGCUAUGGAUGACUGUUGAAUUUCAACCAAUUACUCUGCAAGCGUUUGGGUGUUAUUGUUCGGGUGUAUUCCGUGUAGUUGAUCAACAAUCCAGACAAAACAAACACAUCGGUUUUAACUAGUGAAGAGAUGUAGUCAACGCUGAAGAACAAUGUACCAUGUAUUUAUUCUAAGAAAAGGCCACAGUAAACGUCUCUGUCACUAAACACGUCGUUACCCUGGAGGAUUAUAUCACUAACUGAUUUUCCAGUCUCUAGCCCAACAUAUCCCAAACGUCACUAGUCCCGUUCAAUAUGCGUCUUCUAUGGUGCGUCGCUAAAUAACUAAACUAUAAAUAAGGUGUCUAACAAAACUUAAAACCCCUUUGACUACGCCCAUAACAUUUUGAGUGCGUAAUUUGCUUUUUUUAUAUUGAAGAGGUAAUUUUUAGCUUUAAACCCUACUGAAAGGGGGGGGGGGGAAACUCAAAACCCCUUUGGCUACGAUCAUAGAAUUUUGAGUGAGUAAUUUGGUUUUUUUUAAAUUGAAGAAGGGGUAUAUCGUAAAUUUUGGAGGGGUUUCAAAAUCAAAAUCUUCCUUAACUGUGCUCUUGGAAUUUGGGGAUUGUCGUUUGAAUUUUUUUUGGUUUUGUUUUAUAGAAGAGGGGGAUUUAACUGUAAAAACCCCUUUGUAGGGGGUUUUAAACUUCAACCCCCUUUGUAGGGGGUUUUAAACUUCAACCCCCUGGUAGGGGGUUUUAAACUCGAACCCCCCCUGGUAGGGGGUGUUAAAAUCGAACCCCCUAGUAGGGGGUUUUAAACUCAAAACCCCCUGGUAGGCCUUAGUUGUGCUGGGGCAAGUGAUGGUUUAGUAUUAAAAUCUCACCUAAAAAAAACAAAAUCAAAGCUAAAAAUCAGUCACUAAAUUCUGGUCCCCCCCCCCCCGGGGGGAUUUCACUUCGGGGGGGGGGGGGGUGAACCCCAAGAACCCCCCCCCCUGGCUACGCCCAUGAUAUAUAUAUAUAAUUUAUUUUGAAAACGGCGCUAAUGAUUUUUGUUAAACUUCAAAGUAUAAAUGAGAUAACAAUUCUCAGCUUUGUGGCCACAUUGGGAAAACUUGUGGUGCACAUUUAUAUUUGUCUGAACAUUUAUCAUUAUCUUUUAAUUAAAUUUGGCUACUUUUUAUGAAUGAAAGUGUUUUAAAUGAUGUCAAAGAAGAAAAAGAAAUUGACAACGCCUUCUUUCCUCUGACAGCUCUAGACCAAAAUAUUUCUUUAUAAACAUGUGAGGGUUUUAAUGAACCAAAAGGCUUCUGAAAAGUAUUUGCGCACCAAUAGUAUGUAAGGACUACAGGCCUUUACACCCAAGGUAAAAGUCACCUGCAAUCAACGUGUAAACAAUUUGUAAAAAAAAAAAAGAAUACUUAUCAUAUUAAGUUAGAUAUGCAUUAUUAAACUAUCUAUAUACAUCUUAUAGAACAUCAGUUUAACCUUUCAUAUUUGGUAACGACUUAUAAUAUCUGAACUUUCAAGGGUUCCACAUUACAAAUAGCUUAGGGCUUUAUUAAGUCUAAAAUCCGGCCCUGAUUAUUACAUGUCCAUAUUAAAAUAUUCAAGUGGUCCAUAUUGGAACAUUGAUAAGCUUAGCAAUAAAGUUGUCUAUAAAAAAGUUACAAACACGAUUACUGUGUCACAAAGUCAUUAGUGGUUAUAAAACAUGAACAAAUUGUGCUGAGUCUUCUUGUGCAAGUCUGCUUCUUGUGCAAGUCUGCUUUUUGUGCAAGUCUGCUUCUUGUGCAAGUCUGCUUCUUGUGCAAGUCUGCUUCUUGUGCAAGUCUGCUUCUUGUGUAAGUCUGCUUCUUCAUAGAAGACACGAUCGAGGAACAAAUUUAAGAACAAAAUGUGCGAAAACAGAGAAUCAUGUAGCUCAUGAAAUGUAUUUUCGUUUUGUAUGUACUGAUUUAUGCCCAGUAGGUAAGGGCAGUCACUACUGUGUAUUAAUUACUUUUUUUGGCAAUAUAGUCUAGCUUCCCUUAAAUCGUUGUUGUCCAUAGUUGAUCAAGGUCCAUAUUGCAAGCCUCUCCCCUACGUGGGGGCUUGAUAAAAAUGUUUUACGUAUAAAUUAAUAUAUACCUUUAAACUUGUUGUCAAGGGACAUAACCGAUAAAAGAAAACCGCUGCUUUUAUUUCAAUAA